CCUCUCUUUUCCUUUCCUUUUCAGCAGAAAGCUUACCCUACCUUUUCCCCUUCCACAUACUAUGCACAUUUGAAGUGUGUGUAUUCCCCCCCUCAUAUAUUUAUUGCCCAUAUAACAUAUACUCACAACCAGCCAACAAUAACAACAGCAACUGCUACCCCCCCCCCCGUGGAUUCCUGUUCUUUCGCUCUCUAAACACAAACGGAAAGAAAAGAACCAAGAAAAAAGAGCAACCCCAUCGUUCCUUUUUAUAUUAUUUAUUCUUAUAAUAGCUAAUUGCGAGAUACCUAGCAACACUAUAUACAUACACUAUCACCAUCAUCGAUCAUCAUCGUCAUCAUGGCUGCGACGCAAAUAUCAACCGCCUUUUCCUUCUGCUACGCCCCUCCAGCAUCGAGCGACCACACCGCCUUCAUCGACAGCGACUAUUUCGCCAGGCGCGAGGCCACCAUGUCCGACCUGCGAGAUACCUGCAAUAACGUCAUGGCUCGCCACUGCUGUCAAAUUGCUCUCACCGCAGCACCUGAUACAACGCUGGCCUCGAUUAAGCCACAAACCAUUCACGUCGAUAAGCCGACUGACUACAACCUGACAUUGACCGGUCCACUUAACACGGUCAUGGCCGCUCGAGGUGAUUUGCUUGCCAAUUGCCCUCUAAAGAUCAACGUUACCCUAAAGAUUCCCGUAAAGGAUUUCCCAACGACCACUGUCGCCCAAAAGCAAUUCGACAAGGUUGAAAGUGAGACCGACACACGCAUCGUCAUUGUACCACCGCCACCACAUCGCUCAGCCUUGACUUCUGAGAACAGAGUAUCGAUUGUGAUUACAGGUCUACCCGAUCUGGCCGAAUAUGCCCGUGUCCGUGUUUUAGUAGCGCUUGACGAGAUUUCCAAUUUACGAUCAGAUAUCCUACGUGUGCCGUUGAAGCUCCAUAACCUCAUAUGCGGUCGAAAGCGAGCUGGUUUACAGCCAAUUAUCGAAGAAACGUCGACCAACAUUUAUUUCCCUUCUCCGUUCGGUGACCUAUCGUCUGUCGAGGCGGGCAUGGAUGUUGCCGUGGUAACCGACGGCGGGGCGACCCCGUUGCUAGAGGAACUGUCGCCACCCAUCUACAUUACAGGCGAGCCUGUAAACGUUACUAGAGUAAAAGAAAUGCUGAGCAAGUUGGCCAUUCAAAAGGCAAAGUCUAUGUACCAUAAGGAUGCUGUUCUCCAUGCUCGCAAACUAGAUUGGAUGCUUCUGCAUCGCCGGGAUGAGCUGCGCAAGAUCAUGCAUGACAAUGGGUCCUACAUUGCGUUCCCGCCAAUCGGCUCGGGUAUGGGCACGGUUACUGUCUAUGCAGAAAAUCGCGUCAAUGCAGAGCGUACUUUACGAUCGCUCAAUUUCUUGGCCUGUACCAUCUACGAAGCUUACUUUUACUUCAAUAAUCGAGAUAACGCUAUCUUUGGUCCCGAAGGAACGACGCACGACUUUUUCGGCUCAAUCAACAACAUUGCUGGUUUGCUAGUGCAGUUGUCGCAAGCAUCCGGCGCUGAGGUCAUGUAUAAGGAUGAAAUUGGCUGCAUCGAGGUGUUCGGCACCGAGCGGGACGUACGCAAUGUCUACCAACGAGUUCACGAAAUGGCAUUUUUGAAGGUGUUCCAUCAAAACACGGUGUUCAACAUUGAGUUAUCCAACGACCAGCGCGAAUUUAUUAGCGGAAAAAAGAGCGGCAAAAUCAACAAAAUCAUGAAGACGACAGGUGCCAAGAUCAAGUUUAAUGCAUUCAGCGACUACAACUUCGUCAUCGAAGUCGAAAGCAGCAGUGUCAUUAAGGCGCUCGACGGCCUGUCGAUGCUUCAGGAUGAGCUUCCAGCCGAAAUUUCGUUCUACGUUCCGGAAAUGUAUCACAAGCGUAUCAUUGGUGUAGGUGGAAAAAACAUUCAAAGAAUCAUGAAAAAGUACGGUGUCUACGUCAAGUUCUCGAACGCCGAGGAAUUUGCAGCACUCGGCGGAUACUACGACAAUGACGACAAUGUGGUCGCACGCACACCAAUGAAGAACCAAGUGAAUUUGGACAACUUGCGCCACGCGGUGAUGGAAUUGAUCACGCAGCGCGACAAGGACUAUGUAACUCAGGUUGUUCACGUCCCUUUCCGGAUGCAUCGCCAGCUGCUCCGUGACCAAGGCAGUUACUUUGCCGAACUCAGCAAAAAGACUUUGACGCGCAUCAUGUGGCCGGAUCACGAAUUGGCGAGCGAUUGUGUGACGCUUGUGGGACCUUCCACAGAAAUCGAACAUGCAGUUGAACUGGUACAAGCCAUUGUACCCGAAGUAUACGAAUUAUGCGUGCCACGGUCGGCUGCUUUGACUGCAGCAUUAGCGUCCGAUGCAUUCCAAGAAGUCAUUGUUGCUAGAAUUGAACGCGAGUUUGGUAUUCGUGUGGAUGUACAGUCAGCGCCCGUACACCCACCCCCUCCGUCCAUCUCGUCCUCGUCUCCUUCGCCUACAGCGACGGCGUUGGCAUCGCAACAUCAGUCACCGACGAUGGGUAACAACAAUGCUACAACAGCAUCGUCCACGACAGCACCACUGGCAGCAACGCCAACAACACCAUCUACCACGACGGCAGCACCAGCAGUAGUUAGUAGCGUGACCAACAGCGCGCCCACGUCUCCUUCUCGUUCGACACCGGCGCCUUCUUCUAAUGGAUCGCCCGUUGUGCCCGACAGCACUGACUUUACUAUUCCCUUGAAGACCAUAAAGAGCAAUAUUGGGAACUUGCCAGCAGCUCUGGAUAUCCUCAUCAGCUACCUGCGCAACCACAAUGUGACGCUGUACGAGACAGUUACCCCCAAGGCUAGCAGAACGACUCCUACUACGAACCAUGCAUCCUCUCUAAGUAGCGCCUCGCUUGUCGACAGUUUUAGUCAUUUUGGCAGCAAGGUCUUGCCUUCUGUUUCUGACAUCGGUGGCUCCCAAAAGCUGCAUCAUCACAACAGUUUCUCGAGCUUUUCAUUGUUUGAUUUCGCACCCAGCGGCACUACCACCAAUAGUGCUGCUCCUAGCGCAGCACACACAGCAUUCGAUGCUCCUUGGAACAGUUUCAGAGACAUGAACUCGCCUCGGACGGUCGAGAACAUUCGUGCGAUCUUUGAUUCACCUGUCAACAACAAACACGACGACCUUAACACGAAACACCGCAUGAGCAUGCCUGUCCUUGGCACCCAGACCGGUGCACCUGGACUAGGCGUGUUUAGACCACCUGGAGUAGUGAGUAGUGGAACGUCAUCGAUUCCCGGCGCCGAUAUAUGGCUGCCACAAAUGUCGCCCCUUUCAUCCACAAGUGCUACUACUAGCAGCAGUGCUACUAAUUUCGGUGCAGCCGGUGGCGGUGGCGGAUAUGGUGGACAUCAUGGAAGCGCUGCGUCUGCUUUUGGUGAUAGCAAGGGACGAAACAGUAACAGUAGCAGCAGUAGCGGCAGGAUGUUUGGUAGUGGAGGUGGAGAAUCCACGUUGGCUACAGGAAGCUUUUAUCAACCAUACCCGGUCAUCGGAAGCGGGUUGCAUUCCGAUUUCCAUCCCAACAACAGCACGCAACAUCAACAACCACAACAACAGCAACAACAACAACAACAACAACAUCAACAACAACAUCCACAUCCACAUCCACAACAGCAUCUCAAUCAUCAUCAUCAUUUCAACACUAUCUGCCCUACAUCUUCCACUUCGACCGGGAGCAACACUUCCAUGCACUCCACGUCCGAGUCGUCUGCUGCCUUAGAGAAUGAUUUGCGCCAUUUCAGCAGACACCAACAAAAGCGUUGUUAAAAAAAUCCCCCCCCUCCCUUUUUCUCUUUUAUUAUUUUUUUUUUAUCUUUCUUCUAUAUAAACUCAUUUGUUGUACCUUUUCUGUCUUUCUUUCUCUUAAAUAUUAUAACCAGCUUCACUCCACUUCCAAUUCACAUAUUCUACAAGCACUUACCCACCCCCCUUUACACAUCUUCUUCUAUCCCUAUUCCCCCUCGGUGAUUUCUCUCUUUUGUUGAAUGAAAGAUGGCUCAAACGGGAAGCGGCUCGAAGAGUUGGAAUUCCCCCCCCCCUCCCCUUCUUUGCAAAGUGGUG